GUCACUAGUCACGUGAUCUGUCAUUACGCUGUUAGUUUGUUUCUGUCUAUGACGACCCUGGUUUCUCCCGUGCUAUAAGAGCAAUUGUUUGGAAUGCAUCUCAAGAAAUCGAAAUGAGCUGUCUGCAGGGUGCAGAAAACUUCCAUCAAUGCUGUCAGGUCUUCCUCAAGCUGUCUGAUCAGUUAAGAGAUGGCUGGAGUUGGGAGCCCAUCCAGGGUUCAGAGGAGGGUUACAUGAGAAAGACUGCUCUCAAGUCAGUCUUCAUAAAUUCCCAGGCUACACGGAAUCAAGACGGCUCGAGUUCCGACUUAGAGUCACACACUUCUUGCGACACCAUAGGUGAUCAACUAGAACAGGGUGCUACAGCUGACGAAGCAGAUGUUUACGGCUUAACUGAUGACUUUGGUCAUGAAUAUGAUGAAGAUGGAAGCAGAAGUUUGCUUCAGUAUGAGUAUCACAUCCUGUAUUCCUGCAGCUAUAUGGCGCCUGUGCUCUAUUUCAGAGCCUCCACUCUAGAGGGAAGGAGUCUUUCUCUGGAGGAAGUGUGGAGUUUUGUUCAUCCAAAUUUCAGGUUGCGAUUGCAGCACAGCCCGUUGACAACUAUCACGCAGCAGGAGCAUCCACUGCUGGGUCAGCCUUUCUUUAUGAUCCAUCCGUGUAAAACAGAAGAAUUUAUGAGACCAGUACUGCAGUUAGAAACAGAGCAACAAAGACAAGCAAACUACAUUUUGACAUGGCUCAGCGUGGUAAGCCCCCUGGUGGGUUUGGAUCUUUCCCUCAAGUACUCCACCCUGCCGUCUCCUCCCACUCAGGCUGAAGCUUCUCUGCAGACCGUUUCACCAUCUUGACUGUGUAGGUCAGAGGUCCUCAACCACCGGGCCGUGGACCGUUACCCGUCCGUGGGUCAUUUGGUACCGGGCCGCACAGGAAAAAAAAGAUCAAUUAAUUAAAGUCAAGACGCUCGUCCCAGUCACGUAACCUGUCCCCACUCGAGCCCGCAAAGCUACGGAGCAGAUACUUAAUGGUGAGAUUUAUUUUUAUGCGGUUUUCAUUAUAAAUGUAUUAUUUAUUUAUAUAUUUAUAUAAAGGCCGGUCCAUGAAAAUUUUGUCUGACAUGUAACCGGUCCGCGGCGCAAAAAAAGGUGGGGAACCGCUGGUGUAGGUCACCGAAACAAAUCCACUGUGACAUGACAACACAAUGUGCACUUAUAUCACCCGACUCCGUGUUUUGCAUCUGUCCGCUGUCAUUAACCUCAAAAUUCCUUGAGAAGAAACAAAAGGAUGAGUAAGUUGCAAAUUGUCAGGGUUCCCAGACAUCCCAGAAAACCUGAAAAGUUAUUGAUUCAUUUUUCAUGACUGUUCCCAGCCCCAUUGUGGCGCCCUCCAAACGGAAAAAAAAGUUGUGAAAUAUGUACUGCCGGCAGCACCACAGUGCUUUUACACAGGACAUUGGAUAAAUGUUGGGCUUUAUCCCCCCCAACCCCCAUCAGGGCAGUGGGCUGCCUGCAUGAUGAUUGGAUGAUCUGUCUGAGGCGGAGCUGAGUUUCCCCUCAUAUGAAUGCCCAGCACCCGCUACUACACAUGCUACUUCUCGUUGCCAUUGGACCCAACGCCAGCGUACCUGUGUGGUGAAAAUGUUGCCACACAAAUUGAAUUCACACUUGACGGCAGAAAGAUCUCUCUUUUUCCCCAUACUGUAUGAAAAAUGACUUGCUUAAAAAUAUGCAGCUACUUCCUAAUUUUCCUUUAAUUAGGCUCACUUGGGAGACUAAUUAUCAAUGAGAUUAAUAUCAGUUAUCUCAACACAUGCAUAACCCUUGCCAGAGCAACCCUCCCCUUUCUCCUCCAGUCUCCCUCCUCCUGGCCAUCUGCCUCUUUUGAGUCCAAGUCCAAGAAAGAAUUAAGCCUCCCACUCUUAAUGAGUUAGAUGUGAGGAUUAGAUCUUAAAGUUCUGGAUAAAUACACAUUGGAUAUGGUGAUUAGGUUUAUGCUACACAUUUUUGUUUGUUGUUCAUCAGUGGCAUGCAUAUAAUCACCUUGUUUGCAUAUGGAAAAUAAACUGCGUGUAUGUGUGUGUGUGCGCGUGUGUAGGUGUGUGUCCACUUUUGCACAUUAGGCAUCUGCUGUGGGGAUUCAUGGUACGAGAACAGUGAACCAUAUGCUAUUAUCAAGGUCACAUGAUUAACUCUGUGUGUGUGCGUGCGUGUGUGUUUGUGUGCAGUAUGUUUGCUGGUAGAAAAUGUUUUGGGUGGUCCAUUGUCAAUGUGUGUGGGCCAUCACUUUCCCAUAUGUUUGUCUUGUAUUUAGUGAGAUUGAACAUGCGUAGCUAUUUAACAUUCUGUUUAUUUCUGUUUGGAUACCUAUAUUUAGAUUUUUUUUUUUUUUUCGGACGUAAGAAGAAAAAUGUUGUACUUGUAAAAUCUGUCAAUUAAAUUUUUUGAAUGGUCA